UUGUGGACCCACCAUAAGGGGUGCUAGGCGGUGCACCGGAGGGGCGGGGACUCGGGACAAGGUGACUAGUGCACACAAACAGGGCGACCCAGGAGCGAGCCCCUAGCGAGCUGUCCCUACCCAUGGCCGAGGAGCCAGAGCCAGACCUGGGGGCGGCCGAGGAUGCAGUGGAGCCUGCAGUGGAGAUGCCAGGCUGGAAGUCUCCAGAGGACACAGACCCACAGCCCGGAAGUUAUGAGAUCCGACACUACGGACCAGCCAAGUGGGUCAGCACUUGUGUGGAGUCUAUGGACUGGGAUUCAGCCAUCCAGACUGGCUUCACAAAACUGAAUGGCUACAUUCAAGGCAAAAAUGAGAAAGAGAUGAAAAUGAAGCUGACCGCUCCAGUGACGAGCUACGUGGAGCCCGGCUCAAGUCCUUUCAGCGAGUCUACCAUUACCAUUUCCCUGUGCGUCCCCUCCGAGCAGCAAUCCGAUCCCCCCAGGCCUUCCGAGUCAGAUGUCUUUAUUGAAGACAGAGCUGGGAUGACUGUGUUUGUGCGGUCCUUUGAUGGAUUCUCCAGUGGCCAAAAGAAUCAAGAACAACUUUUGACAUUAGCAAACAUUUUGAGGGAAGAAGGAAAGGUUUUCAAUGAAAAGGUCUUUUAUACUGCUAGCUACAGCAGUCCGUUCCAGUUACUUGAUAGAAAUAACGAGGUGUGGCUGAUUCAGAAAAACGAGCCCUCCCAGGAAAACGAAUAAGAAAAUGAAGAUCACAGCCAGGGGCAGAACUUCUGUCGAAUGCAGACAUCAGCAGCAUCGUAAGUGAAAUAUCUAGUGUCUUCAUAAUGUAAAUACUUGAUCUACAGGAUAUCUGAUAUGUGACCCCCCCCCACCCCCACACACAAAGGGGUCGCAGCUCACAGAUUGAGAACCGCUAUUCUAGGGUGUCUUGCCCUAGACACCAUCCCGAAUCAUGCCUAUUUCCAGUGUGCCUUUUGAGAAGCUUUAUUUAAGUACAGGGUAUAUCAAGACAAAUUUGUAAAUGGGUCAUAGGUUAGAUGGCCUCUAUCUCUAUGAGGAUCCAGGGCAAUGCCAUGCCAUUUUCUUCCUAUUCACACGAUCAUUAUCAAGUUGCCUUCUUCUGUUUGUAUUUAUGACAUUUGAAUGCUCUAACUUCCAUGUAAUAGCAAAAAAGAAAAAAAAACAUUAAAGAUUUGCCCUGUGUAGAAAUAAAAUUAUGUUGGAUACAAAAAUAUCUCUUUCUGCUGCCACUAUUAUGUUUUUCUGUUGAGUCUUUGUCCUGGUCCAGCUACUGGUCCCUGCAUAAAGAAAACUCUUACCUUAAAGUGCUGACAAAAUUUAGAGAUAGAAAAUAAAUUGAUGAAGUGGUGGGACUUCCUCUGCUACCUGACAGGUUUGCUUCCUGAAAAAAUACACACAAAUACCUAAUUUUAGUAUUCACUUGAAUUUUUUUCAAGUAUUUCAUGUAGUCUCUCUAGAGGUUUGAAGGGAAUUCUUCCUCUUUCCAGUGUGGGUUGGAAGUCAAGGAGGUUGGAAAGUCUUGCUCCCCUGUGCUGUCAGGUCUCAUGUUGGGAAGAUCAAAUCACCUUCCUGUUCCUGGCCGCUGUCUCACUCCAGUGUAGGCUGCUGGGAUGCUGGCUUUCAGAGCAGGGGUAAAGUAGGUUAGGUCUCGGGGAUGUCCUGGUAAUUAAAUCGGCUCACAAGUGGCACGGCUCUUACUUCUCAUUGACUGUGUAAGCAGAGAUGUACAGUCGCUUCCGGAGAAAUAGUCACAGAGGAGGCUGAGGCGCCAGUAGAUUGGAUGCGGCUAGACAAUGUAGGAGAUUUAACUUGACCGUCAGAAGGUAUCUUUGUAAAAUUAAACUCUCCAGUAGAGCAGUGUUCUCAACCCCUCCUCAUGCUGCUGUGUUGUGGUGACCACCCCCAACCAUGAAAUUAUUUUCGUUGCUACUUCAUAGCUGUCAUUUUACUACAUUUAGGAAUCAUAAUAUAAAUACUUUUGGAGAUAGAGUUUUUGUCGGCGUUGUCCUGACCCAUACGUAGGUUGAG